CAGGAACGAAAAUCACUAUGGAUCCAGCAUUGCCUAGCCAAGCGGUCACAAUGGCCACCAAAGUCGAUUUCCGCAAAGUCCGCUACUCGCUACCAUUAUACCGCAAGUCCGUCGAAGGGCCGUCGUCUCCUAGUCGCAAGAAAUCUCGAUUCUUUAACACAUUACUGCUGAGGACCGCUCAGAAUGAAAACAUUGCAGACGAGAACGGAAGUCCCAAGCCCUUAAGAAAGAGAAAGUCCAUAGCAGAUUUCUUGCCAUUCUCCUCGACGAGAUCUCGAAAAGUUCCUGAUGGCAACGAUGUUGAUCCCGGAAGCCGUAAUAAGAGGUCAGAGACAACAUCUCCUCUUAAGAGGAACGCUUUGCAGAGUGCCUCGCCCUCUCGCAUAAAUCGACGAAAGAGCCUGGGUGAUAUUUUGGGCUCUAUCUCUAGCAGAGUCUCUCCGAGACGAGAUUCAACCCUCAAUGACCGCCGCCCAGACUGGUACAAUGACGAGCUUGAGCUGUCUGCAAAUGUGGGCGUUGCAAAUGGCCCCGCGAGCGUGGGUGGUGCAAAUGCACUUGCGGCGGACCAAUUCCCUGUUCCAGUUGAUGGACCGUUCGACGAUAGAAUUUUGACCCAGCUUCCAAACCGAGAGAGUGGUGUAGACAUGAAUAACUAUCAUCCUCCACGUCUUCGAAAACGCUCCAUAUCUUCCUCGAUGCCUUGGCAUGAAGAGUCACCUCGAAACUCAACCCAAGUCAACAGACAUGAAUCAAGAGUAACUAAUUAUCCUCCAAAACUAACCAAUAAAGGCAAAGAAAGAGACGUCAAUGUUCCAAAUCCCGUGGGUAGAGACGAAACCCAGGCAAAUGCUUCUUCGACGCCAAUUGACAAGGGCAAAGAGAAAGCGGUCGAUAUCUCAACCCCAAUCAAUAGAGGCGGAGCAAAAACUCCCGAUUCCUAUCUCAAUCUGUUGAUCGCCGCCUACGAGCACAAAACACCCGAUUCAUAUCUGCGAGAACUGUUGAAAGCCUCCAAUUUGAAUAAUUCCGCUCGAGCAUCCCCAUGCCCACGCCACCAUUUGGCUUUGGGGGAAGAAAGUCUCUUUUGGGGUACUGGCGACUCACCUCAGAUGGGAGACCAAAAGGAUGGCGAGGACGAAGAGGAGUUUUCAGCACCACCACCUUACACUCUGAAUGAUUUCUCGAAGGUAGAGCUAGGAGAAGUAAGAUUUCGCGAAAACCCUCCACUCCAGACCUCCGACCGCACUGAAAUUCAAACUAGUGUUGAAACAGUUCGUGAAGUGGAUCCCUUCGAAGAAUCUCCGGGAAGCUCUCCAAACAUUGACACCGAAUUCCGUUUGAGGGGGUGCAAUCGUAAGGAAAGGCAUGAGAAGCUGAUGACACAGCCUCGACGAUCAUGGGGAUCUUCUGACGAGAGUAUCGAGAAGAGAGUGAAAUUGACAGUUGCGAAGAUGACCAAGAACUUCUACAUGGUUACAUCGUCUGAAGAGUCUUGGGACGACACUGCGAGCACCAAGAUGAUUGAUCGGCAAGACUUCGAAACUGACCAAAUGGAAGUCUGGGAUUCAAUUAUUAUGGGCACUCGCACUUUGCAAGAGAUUUUGAGGAGCAUCCCAUCUAGUAAAAGACUACGCCAUCUCCCAUUGGAAAAAGUACUGCAGGACUCAAUUAAAUUUAGAGAACUCUCCGAAGAUAGUCUGACUACAUGCACCCAAAAAGGCGUUUGCUCUGUCUCCGAGGCUUCGGCUUCGAAGUUCUUACAAAAACAGAAAAUCCAACCAAGCGGAGCAAGAAGGCGAAAGAGCUCUUCGGCCAUGGUGCGAGUCGAAUUCCCAAAGACCAUGAAUCUGCCGGCACAUGCAGAGAUGUACGAGUCUAAAAGUAAAGCUAUUGUUGCACUUUACGAAUACAAAUUGGGGGAGCUUUCGAACUUUUGCACUUAUGAUCCCACGCGGAACACCAUUUUUGCACAUGCAUUGGAGUCAGGUGUGCCUAAUCCAGCGGUAUUGAGAGAAGCGGGGCUCGAGGUUCUGUGGCUACCUAUGCAAGGAGAGAUCACCCAAACUAUUCAGUUCGAAGACACGACACGAGAGAGAAAUGAGAUUUCGCGGGAUGAACAGCAGUCUCCUAUGGUUGCUGAGAGGGACAAAGUUCCUGAGGCCGGGCAAGAACGUCUUGUAAUUGACAACUCGGGAUUUUCAUUGGAUCCGAACGCCUUCUUGGCUCAUCACGAAGGGAUGGCGCGAGCCAAUCUGGACAGCUUUGAUCGCCAUGAAUCCCAAUUUGAACUAGAAGUAGAGUUCACCAAUCCACACAGCCGAAGCUCAAGCCUUCAGCUCAGUCCAGCAAGCCCACAACGGGAACAGGAUUUGUCAAUCUUUGACGAUGACUUUUUUCUCAAAGUGGAUCCAGAUUUUGCCAGGGGUUUCUUGGGAAGUCAAUACUCUGAAGAAAGUCAAUAUUCUUCCAUCAGCGAUGCCCAUCUGUUGCCCGAAGAUAAUUUAGGAACGGACUUGCCGAGCGAGGUGUUGUGGAGUUUGGACGGUGAGGGCCAGGACGUCAUGCCAGUGAAGACUUGGGCAGAGCUAGCCAGAGAUUAUUUAGCUAAACAUCCAGCAAAAAAUGUCCAAAGUUCUGAGGACGAGGAGGGCCAGGACGCCAAACCAGUAAAAACCUGGGUAGAGCUGGCUCGAGCGUAUUUGGCUGAGCAUCCACCGCAACCAAUCCAGGGUUUCGGAAACAACCGUAAGUCAACCGAUGAAGAUUUCAUUUGGCAUGAUCAGUUCGAAGCAAGCUCUGGAAGGUCCUCUCCAAUCGAUCCUUCCACGGAACAGGCUGAAGGCAUCAAUUCUGCCAACAAGGACCAUUCCUUGAAAGGAAGACAUUCUCGCCGACUCGGCCUUAUAUCAAUUCUGGCAGACGAAGUCAGCCUCAAACUUCCAAAAAGAAACUACCUUUCUGGGAGAAAAGAACGGCCCCAUUUCAGACGUGAGAGACCUAUCGCCGCCUCGAAAGAUAUGGUAAACUUGAAAGCUAUGGAUGCUACAGUUGAGGAGACUUCAAUGUUGGACACUAGUGAACUUCUUGGGCCUUUAAUUGUGAGAGAAUGCUCUGCUUACAAGGUCUCAAGCAUUCCAUUUCCAACAAAAGAAGCUAUGGAUGGAUCUAGCCGACAGUCCUCCGUUUCGUUCACGUCAUAUAUCGAGGCGGAGCGAGCACGCGAACGGUUGUACCAGACAUAUGAUUUUCUCCCUCGUCUAAGGGCCGAAACAAAAGCCGAGGACAAGAAGCCUGUUACUGAGCCUUGUGUUAGGCCUAGUGUCACACUGGAAGAGGAGAAGGGUGGCAAUGUCAUGCCUCAGGACCCCGAGAGUAGAGUCGAAGACUCAGGGAGCUCAGCCAUUGCUCUUCCAGUUGGAUUCAAAUUCACGGAGCAUAGGAAGCAGUUGAUAGUCAAACGCAUUCCAAAGAAGAACAAGAUGGCAAGCGAGCUUUCCGGAAGCUCAGCUAUCCCAAUUCCAACUGGCUUUAGAUUCACGAACCACAGGAGACAAAUAAUGAGGAGCGAGGAUUCUGAAAGCCCGGUAGUUUCUUGUCCAUCUAGCUUCAGCCUUAGCGAGCCGAUUACUGGAGAGGAGAAGAGUCAAAGGGAUGAAGAAAUCCCGAAUCGGCAAGUUAUUGAAAACGCUGCGCUGACACGCUCAUCGUGUCUCCAAAACCCACUCGACAUCAGCGUCCCCAUUUCAAUUGAAGACUUGGCGGGCAGGAUAGAAAACCAUUCGGAAUGCGAAGGUCAGGUAAUAGUGAAAGAAACGGACUGUGACAAGCCCCCAUCAGAAAAAAUCCAAGGAGAUAUGUCCUGUGAGCCGCGAGGUCGCGAAAGCGAAUUUUGCAAAUUAGCCACGAAGAUGUUGGAAGACUUGGAUUCCUUUGAGUCCGUGGGACUAAGGCUUAACGAGUGUUUGAGCAUUAUUCCCCCUCCGAAUGAAGAUUUCACAGGCGGGAAAGGAAACAGUCCCGAACCCGAAAGCCGGAAAUCGAAGGAAAGCGUUGUUUGUGACGGGCCUACUUCCGAGGAGACCAGACUUCCCGUCGCAUUUCCUUUCUGUAGAGACUGGCUGCAAGGCCCAAGUCCUUCCCGGGAAGCGCAAAUUGAGGAAAAGGUUGGCUGUGAAGAGCCUUCCUCAGAAAUGGUCGGAGACCCUGACGUAUCCCCCUCUCGCAAAAGCCUACGCCAACCGCGCAGUCUUUCCUGGAAAGCACAAAUGGAGGAUUUGAGCAUCCGUGUAGUAGGCAAAGCUGCUCGCCAAGAUUCUCCGGCGAAACAGGGUGGCAGAGUUGGAGCGCUGGUAGAUAUCUUUCAGGCUCGUGGUAUCAUGCCGAGCUUGAGGCCAGCUCUUCAUCAGAAGGUAUCACUCACACCAUUCGCGAACAAAGCUGGUAGCCGCUCCAUGACACCAACUGCUCGCAUCGUUACGCCAUCCGGCAACAUGUACCACCCGGCAGGGACUGUUUGUGUUCCUGCUGGACAUCCUUUGUCGAGAUCAGCAAUCAAACGGGUCCCAACACCAAUAAUUCCGUUCAGACCAAGCUCUGGUUUUAGUAGUGUGGAUACAGAUGUGAGUGAACUCUUCGGGGAGAAAUUGGAAAGAGCCGAGAAGCAUUCCGUGGAGUGCGUAGAGGGUGGUCCGUACGAAGAGAUAUAG